AGCCAAGCGCGUCUCCGCUGCAAAACUCCACCUAACAACACUGCAAUGCAAUCUCCUCCUCCAGGCGAGAAAGCGAGCCAGUAAGUAGCCAGCCACCAUCAACGCCCCCACCCCAAUAAUGCAAUCGGAGCGCCACCCUCCUUCCCCUUUUUCCUCCCAAGGCCACCGACACUCCGGCCCUUCUUUGCGGCCCCCCUUUCUCGGCCAACCGAGGUCCGCCCGCGGAACUCUUGAGAACGGCUGGACUAAAGCCGAAGCGGCCAGUCUGUUUCUUUCUUCGCCUAGUUCGCGCCUCCUCCUUCUCCUCCUCCUCCCGCCGCCGUCGCUGCUGCAUCCAUAUAGGAUGAGCUGCUGCGUCCUCCCACAAGCCAUGCGGCUGCAACUCCCUUCGGCGAGCCGGUGACUUUUUCUUUUUUCCCGGUUCCAAGCUCUGCCUGUUCUCGCGCGUCGCGCACGGCUCUUGAGCGAGGCUCUUGGGUCCUCUCCGGCAACUGCGGGGUUGGCUGGUUGGCGGGGCGGAGAUGAGCUUGUUCAAUGCAUUCUCCAGAUGUCUUAGCAGCCCAUGGCAGCCUGGCUGGCAAGCGAAGCUCGCCUGAGUGGCUGACUGGCGCGAUUCCCGGGCACUCUCAGCUCUGCAUCUGGCUGAACGACGCGUUCACGUGUGCGCCGCCAGCCCAAUGUGUAAUGCUGCAGUGGGCAACCGAGGAGCAUCUGCAAAAGGACAGGAGGACACGGCAACUGCUCUUGCAGUCCAUAUAAAACCAAGAAGCGUCUUGAAUCAGCCUUCCCUCUUUCUCUCCCGGGCUAUUUUUGCCCUUCUCACUUAUUCCAAAGCUCACUUUGGCAUUUGCCACCGUUGCCACUUGCUCUUCAGAACUACACUGCCUUCUUCCCUCCCCUUCCCUGUUUUCACGUGUAUUUUAUCUUUGCCUGGCAACCACUACUUUAUUUUUCCCUUCCUCUCUUGAAAGGCGCCGUCUUCCUUUUGACUCGAAAUUAAUUUGUUUGUUGGCUGCAGCUCUGAGGCAGAAAAAAAUAAUUGGGAAUUUAUUUAAUCCUUCCCUUCUCCUUGUGCAAAGGAAGCAAUGAAAUUUCCAAUCGAGACUCCAAGAAAGCAGGUGAACUGGGAUCCUCAAGUGAUUGUGCCAGCAACUGUUCCCACAGGUUGUGUGCCUGAGACCAAUAAGACUAAUAUACCCCAGCCAGCACCACGACUCUCUAUUUCGUCUCCUCGGACAACUGUGAUUGUCAGUAUGGAAACCCCCUCACAGGGUUUGCAGACAGUCAUGAAGUGGAAAACAGUGGUAGCCAUUUUCUUUGUGGUAGUGGCUUAUCUGGUCACAGGGGGUCUUGUGUUUCGUACUUUGGAACAGCCAGAAGAAAGCAGUCAGAAAACCAGAAUUGCCAAUGAUAAAGCAGAAUUCCUCCAAGAGAACAACUGUGUAUCCCAGCAGGAGUUGGAGGCAUUGAUUAAGCGGGUUAUGAAUGCUACCAGUGCAGGAGUCAACCCUGUUGGAGAUUCUUCUAAUAGCAGCAGCCACUGGGACCUUGGAAGUGCCUUUUUCUUUGCAGGAACUGUCAUUACUACUAUAGGUUAUGGAAAUAUUGCCCCAAGCACAGAAGGUGGAAAAAUUUUCUGUAUUUUGUAUGCCAUCUUUGGAAUCCCACUUUUUGGCUUUCUGCUAGCUGGCAUAGGUGACCAGCUUGGAACCAUUUUUGGGAAGGGCAUUGCAAGAGUUGAAAAGGUCUUUCGGAAGAAACAAGUGAGUCAGACAAAGAUUCGAGUGAUCUCUACCAUUCUUUUCAUCCUGGCCGGAUGCAUUGUUUUUGUCACCAUUCCAGCUGUCAGUUUCAAAUAUAUUGAAGAAUGGUCAGCCCUGGACUCUUUCUAUUUUGUCGUCGUCACUCUGACCACAGUUGGCUUUGGGGAUUUUGUGGCAGGAGGCAAUGCGGACAUCCCUUACAGGGAGUGGUACAAACCCUUGGUAUGGUUCUGGAUUCUUGUGGGCCUUGCAUAUUUUGCUGCUGUCCUCAGUAUGAUUGGAGACUGGCUGCGGGUUCUUUCAAAGAAGACUAAAGAGGAGGUUGGUGAAAUAAAGGCCCAUGCAGCGGAAUGGAAAGCCAAUGUGACAGCAGAGUUCAGGGAAACACGGCGGCGGUUGAGUGUGGAGAUACAUGACAAACUUCAGAGGGCGGCCACCAUUCGGAGCAUGGAGCGCAGGCGUUUAGGUCUGGACCAGAGAGCCCACUCCCUCGAUAUGCUGUCUCCAGAGAAACGUUGUGUCUUUGCUGCCUUGGGCAACAGCCAUUUCAAGGCAUCAUCUCAGGAAAGCAUCAACAACAAGCCUAACAAUCUGCGCCUUAAAGGAUCAGAGCAAUUGAGCAAACAUGGGCAGGGGGCGUCUGAGGACAAUAUCAUCAACAAGUUUGGUUCUUCAUCCAAGCUGACCAAAAGGAAAAACAAAGACCUGAAAAAAAGUAUCCCGGAAGAUGUGAGAAAAAUCUACGAGACCUUACGGCACUACUCCUUAGAUGAGGAGGAGAAGAAGGAGGAAGAGGAGGAGGACUUGGAGAAGGUGUGUCACUCAGCACACUCUAGUACUGCCAUUCUUACCAAUUGUAUUGAGCAACACAUGGACCUGGAGAAUGGCAUACUCCCCACUGAAACCAAAGAAAGGGAACAUGAAAAUAAAUCAUUACUUGAAGACAGGAAUUAAAUGUAGACCAUUUUUUGACUCUAAUGAGCCAGUGUUAGUCUUUUAUAUAUGUACAUGAUCUAUAAGUGUAUGUAUCAAGACACGUGCCUUAUACAGACCUAGUUCAGUCUAAAUUGCAUAGCAUCCUAGAAUAUUUCACUGUGCCAUAAUGACCGAAGCUUGCUCUGCCAAAAGAAAUCACAGAUAAUACACUGGAGAAUGGCAUCUGAAGGUGGAGUAUUGACAGUGUCAGCCUACACUGUAUGCUUACAAGGGGGGGAAAUUCCAAAGGAAGAUGGUAAUGCAACUGGAAAGGUGAACAGCAUGAUAGGAAUGCAUGAGAGCAAAGGCAGACGCAUUAGAAGAUCAUUUGGGAAAGGAAGCAAUGGAGCUGGCAUGAGUCUUUCCAGUGGAUUGCAAGUUUCUUCUCUCACUGUUGAAUACUUUUGAUUGAAAAGUAAAAUAAGAGGCUGAACUGUCAAUUUUAAGGCAGCGUUUCUGUUUUGGCAUAGGAUCCAAGUAUGAGUGUUCCCUCAUUUUAUGUUUUGAAAAAUCAAUGAGCCUUCAGUGAUCCCUGCUCCCCAAAUUAAAAGGUUUUUAUGCACAAGAAAAGUAUCUAGAUGCUGGGAUGAUAUCAGUAAAGACAACAAUAUGCCUUUUUCAGAAACAAGAAAAGAAAACGUAAAAACAGCUCAUUGUGAAUAUUUGUCAUGAAAAAUGAAAAAAAAUGUAAAGGGAAAAAUGAUGAAAAAUGUCUGCCUUUGGAAGAAAUUCAUCUUAUAAACUAAUACUAUGCUGGGGGAAAAAACUUCAAAAUUUGAAUAACUGCGGAGUUUUAGGAAGGAAAAAUAUAAUCUUGUGCUUGGGUCAAUAACCAGUGAAGUUCUUUUUUUUUAAAAAAAAAAAUGUGAUCAUACUUUCUAUCCCUGAAGGAGCUUCAGUUUUAAUAUUCUAAUACGCUAAAAAUAGAAAGUGAAAUCUUGCAUGAUGUCAACAGUUUGCUAUUCUCUGUAGCAGAAAUUCAUUAAAAAAGAUAUGUCAUAUACAAUGUAUAGUAAAGGGUGGGCCAACUUCCAAACCUCAGGGCUUUGUGUCCCUAUUGGUGGUUAAGCUUAAGGUAAGAGAAAGACAGCUGUCCAAAUUUCCAGGAUAGUAAGAAGGAAACUGGUGGUAAUGUUUUUUAAGUGCUUAGAGCUUUAAGUGCGAUUAAUAACUUCAUAUUGUGAAGUCUUUAAUCACUUAUUUUUUAAAUACCUUCCUUUAAAGUUUAAGUUUUUUUUCUUAUUUGAUCCUUCUCUCCACAGAAACUGAGCAAAUUCACUUUUAGUGUUAUACCAAAUAAGAAAACGCUAUCACCUACGUGUUUGUUGUUCUUUCCAUGAAUAAAUGCGGAAAGCACAAAUCGUUUCAGAUUUCAAAGCAGAUGUUAAAUGAAAACAUAGGAGAGAGUUAAUUAGUUAGAAUUAUAAUGAUUGGAUCCCUCUCUCUCUGAAUGGUUGUGUGUCUAUGUGAGAUGAGGAAAGAGAAAAAGAAAUUAGUUCUUGGUGAAUGAGUGAAUGGAAAUUUGCUUGGAAUACAUAUGCAGAUUGACAUACAUUAGCAUCCUUCAGAUACCAUUCAGAGAACAUCUGUAAAUACUAUAGAGUUCCCCAAAUACUAUUUGUAAUGUUUUUAAAGGAUGCCAAAGCCAUUGCUGCAUUUUUUAAUUUUCCUGCUUUCAUAUAAUCAACCCAACAUAAUUUAUGGAAAGUGUAUUUGUAAUGCUGCCAUUUGAAGCAUCUCAGUUGUUUGCACCAGUCUAUAGUUAAAGAAAUCUUUAACUCCUUCUUUCUUUGCUAUUCCUGUCUAAUCCAUAAAACCAUGAAGAUGUAGACCCGGGAUCAAAUCCUUGUUCAACUACAGAGCUUACUGAUUGCCUUGGAAGUUUCUAAGUUUGCACAAUGAUUAUCAGAAAAAUAAAAGAUGAACUGAGAGAGACACAUAUGUACCAUCUUGAUUAUCUUGGGGUAAAGAUGUGACAGAAAACACUUUUUUAAUGUAUUGUCCACUUGACAGGUUAAAUAAAAGUCCCAUUCCCUCAAGCUAAAAUUAACUUUCAGUAUGUAGGUAUUGGACAUUGUGUUCCAUGAUACCAAAGGUUGCAGGUUAAGGAAACCUGCAGCUAAUAAAUAAUGGAAGAGAACUUCCACCAUCAAUUCCCCCAAAGAAGGCUCAUGCUGUUCUGCAUCUUUGUUCGCAGCGAGAUAGAAAACUUGGAGCAAAGAAGAGAAUUGUAAGAAAACCACAAUGCUGCUAACGGGAGCUACAUCACAAAUAAUUUAAAUUCCACUUUGUGUAAAUCUUAAUCUGAUAAUCAUAGGUGUCAAAGAAUUCUAUGCAGCAAUGUGUGCAGGAAAAUGGAGAAGAGAUGGAAUAUAAUGUCCUCUGUUCCAGGUAUGGAAAAUAAUGAAUUUAGGAUACAGCUGAAGACUGUAGGAUAAAUGGUCUUCUGUUCCCAGCAGCUACUAACAUUUGGCAGUUUAUUAUAUAAUCCAGAAGCCCAGUUAGUCCAAUAUACAGUUUCUGCCUUUACAAACUAGAUGCUUAAUAGGCAUCUGAAAAGUAGGACGUGAGAACCAUCAAAUUCUAUAGCUUGUAUUUGCCAUGGAAGGUUUUUAAAAUUUUUACCGUCAUAAUCUUAAUUUGGAUGAAAAUCUUUCCCACAUACACAGACAUGUACACAAGCUAGAUUUACCUUAGGUGAGAAUUUAGUCCAGGUGCCAUGAUAUAUGAAAAUGGAUUGACAUACUUGUGUUCACCACAGUGCACUGUGGCUUUCAGUUUAAAGGAAUACACGAAACAGAUUCAUAUUUCUGUUGAGUGAAGAAGUUGCAAUGUACCACAUAGGAGACACUUGGGACUAGAUACAGAAACCUUUGUGGCCAGAAUGGGACGAUUGGCUGUUAGAUUGACAUUUUUUGGACAAGCAGCCUGAAGCCAGGUGGUUCAGAAUGUGACAGAUAAAAGGAGAGUGAUGCUGUAUAAAGUCAUAUAUUAAAAAUGCAGAGUGAUGUCACUUCCGAUGCAUACUUUUUUUUAAAAAAAGGCAACCCUUCUUUACAAUACUUGAAAUCUGUGGAUUUAGAGAACCAAGAUAGCUGCUAAUGCUGUCCAGUGUUCUGCAUAAGCAGAGACUGGGAAUUAGUUUAACAUGCAAUUUUUUAUGGUAGCCUUGAAAGGAGAGUACAGACUAAUCUAAUUUGCUCAUAUGAAUCUGAUGUUUUAAUUUUAAAUGCCUGAUCUUUCAAACUUUCAGUCUUGGAACAUGUAACAUUUUAGGAAAAUAAAGUUAAAGACUUGGUUAAAUUCAACGUGA